AUGGCAAUGGGGAGGUAUAACCUGACUAAGGAGGGCAUGUUGGCCAACUUGUUUUGGGCUGAUAGAAUGCGCAAAGUUGAUUACCAACACUUUUGUGAUAUCAUCGUGUUCGAUUCGACAUACAAAAAUAAUAAGUACAAGAGACCGCUUGUAAUAUUCUCAAGUGCAAACAACAACAAACAGACGACGAUCUUCGGGUUCGGGUUAGUGUUGGAAGAGACGAUUGCUUUGUACAAGUGGAUGCUAGAGAAUCUUCUUGAGGUGAUGUGUAAUAAAUUUUCAUCUGUUGUAGUGACAGAUGGCGAUGAUGCCAUUAUUACUGCAAUUACGGAAGUUUUUCCUAGCUCUAUCCAUUGCCUAUGUGCUUGGCAUCUACAAAAGAAUGUUACAUCUAAUGGGAACAAGCAGAUGUUCAGGGACUUAUUUUUGAGGUGGUUGUAUGCAGAUAUGUCAAUAGAUGACUUUGAAACGGAAUGGGCCGAACCAGUAGAUGAAUACAGGUUACAUGAUAAGUUGUGGGCAAUGCAGAUGUACGAAAAAAGAAAGAUGUGGGCGAAUGCAUACCUUUGCGACAAGUUUUUUUGCUGGGUUUCGUACCACAUCGUGGUGCGAGGGUAUAAAUUCGCAUGUGAAGAAAUUCCUUAG